AGACGAGAGGUAGCCAUCCUGAGCCCGCAACGCUCGGAGACCAAACCCGUCCGCCUCCCCGGGGACCCGCGCGCUGUGUACCCCAGGCGUCCCCACUGUUGGAUGGAGAAACUGAGGCCCAGAGAAAGUCACCCAGGUCCAUCUAUGCUGUUGCAAAAGGCAAAGACCGUGUCUCUUAAGCCGAGAAAGCAGAACGAGAAUCUUCCCUGUCCUCCUAGCAUCCAGAUGGGGCUCCAGGAGGGUUGUGGCGCCCAGGCAGCCUCUUCCACGCAAGUCCCAGUCAUGCUGACAUGCAAGCCUGUCUGCAGUGUCGCUGAGCCAGCUGUUGUUCCCUCCACCCAGGUGCAUGCCCUUGAAUCUGGACUAGGCCACAUGACUUCACGUGGUCAACAGAAUAAGGUGGAAGGGAUGACUUGACAGGUCUGAGCCCAGGCCUCAAGAUACUUUGCAUGUCUCCUUUUGCACGCUUGGGCCUCUGCCAUGAGCAAGACAUGCCCGGGCUGGCCUGGCGCUACCAGAAGGAAGAUGAGACUCGUGGAUAAGAGCCAAACCACCUCAGCCCAAACCAGCCAACAUCCAGCUGACCCCAGAUGCGCUAGGAACUCCUCCCAAGCCGGAACCUCCUCCUACUCAGAUCUCACCUAAUCUGGAGCCCUUACAGCAAACCCUGAUGCUUGCUCUUGCCGGUCCAGAUCUGCACACCAGCGCCACGUGUUUCAGAUAUCUCAGCAUGUGAUACAGUUUCUCAUCAGGCUACGGAAAUGUUCUCCCAAACCACCAAACCGAGCGGUCUGCAACAUGGAGCUGAAAAUAAAGCAGCAGAAAGACAGUGGUGUUGUUGUGAAGAAGCGGUCAGGAACGACCUGGGAGGCAGAGAUGACAGUGGAAUGCCAGGCCUUGGCCACAAGAGUAGUCAGCAUGCUGCGCUUCCUGGUGCCCCGGCUGCUUUGCCUCCGAGGCAGGACUGCCCCGUACUCCUCAGCAGCAGCCCUUCCAAGCCCCAUCCAGAACCCAGACAUUCGCUACAACCAGCUAUUCAUCAACAACGAGUGGCAAGAUGCAGUCAGCAAGAAGACCUUCCCAACAGUCAACCCCUCUACGGGAGAGGUCAUCGGCCAUGUGGCCGAAGGGGACCGAGCCGAUGUGGAUCGGGCAGUGAAAGCAGCUCGCGAGGCCUUCCGCCUGGGGUCUCCAUGGCGCCGGAUGGAUGCCUCUGAGCGGGGCCGGCUGCUGAACCGCCUGGCUGACCUAGUGGAGCGGGAUCGUGUCUACUUGGCCUCACUGGAGACCUUGGACAACGGGAAGCCUUUCCAGGAGUCUUAUGUCUUGGACCUGGAUGAGGUCAUCAAGGUGUACCGGUACUUUGCUGGCUGGGCUGACAAGUGGCACGGCAAGACCAUCCCCAUGGACGGUGAGCAUUUCUGCUUCACCCGGCAUGAGCCCGUGGGUGUCUGUGGCCAGAUAAUCCCGUGGAACUUCCCCUUGGUCAUGCAGGGCUGGAAACUCGCCCCGGCACUCGCCACUGGUAACACCGUGGUCAUGAAGGUUGCAGAGCAGACCCCCCUUUCUGCCCUGUACUUGGCCUCGCUCAUCAAGGAGGCAGGCUUCCCCCCGGGGGUGGUGAACAUCAUCACAGGCUAUGGCCCAACAGCAGGAGCGGCCGUGGCCCAGCACAUGGAUAUUGACAAAGUUGCUUUUACUGGCUCAACCGAGGUGGGCCACCUGAUCCAGAAGGCAGCUGGAGAUUCCAACCUCAAGAGAGUCACCUUAGAGCUGGGCGGGAAGAGCCCCAGCAUCGUGUUGGCGGACGCUGACCUGGGCCACGCCGUGGAGCAGUGCCACGAAGCCCUCUUCUUCAACAUGGGCCAGUGCUGCUGUGCAGGGUCCCGGACCUUCGUUGAAGAAUCCAUCUAUGAUGAGUUUCUCGAGAGAACAGUGGAGAAAGCGAAGCAGAGGAAAGUUGGGAACCCCUUUGAGCUGGACACCCAGCAGGGGCCCCAGGUGGACAAGGAGCAGUUUGAGCGAAUCCUGGGCUACAUCCGGGUUGGCCAGAAGGAGGGGGCAAAACUUCUCUGCGGUGGGGAGCGUUUUGGGGAGCGGGGUUUCUUCAUCAAGCCCACAGUCUUUGGUGGCGUGCAAGAUGACAUGAGGAUUGCCAAGGAGGAGAUCUUUGGGCCUGUGCAGCCCCUGUUCAAGUUCAAGAAAAUUGAGGAGGUGAUUGAGAGGGCCAACAACACCAGGUACGGCUUGGCUGCCGCUGUGUUCACACGGGACCUGGACAAGGCCAUGUACUUCACACAGGCACUCCAAGCCGGGACGGUGUGGGUAAACACCUACAACAUUGUCACGUGCCACACGCCGUUUGGAGGCUUUAAGGAGUCCGGUAAUGGGAGGGAGCUGGGGGAGGACGGGCUUAAGGCCUACACAGAGGUGAAGACAGUCACCAUCAAGGUUCCACAGAAGAAUUCGUAAGAACGUCCACCCUGAAGACCCAGCUCCAGUCCAAGAAUUCCACAACCAUCUACCCAGUGAUCGCCAACAACUUUUUUUGUCAUGGACCCCCUCUAUUUGCUCCAAAUGAACAUUUAGAACCUCAACAAAUGAAAUAAUUAGAAUCAGAGCUGCUCUGGUUAAAGCAGGGAUGGGACUGGGCUCAGAGUCCUGUCCACCUGCGCCCCAACCCCAGCCGCCUUGGAGGCCCUGUGUUGCUUCCAUGAAACCGUAAGAACCCCUGGAAGAUAGAAAAACUAAAAACCACUGAUCUGGACCUUAGUUCUUCCUGCUGACCCAGGGCUUUCUAAUGGUUAACCUGCAGGUUUAGUGGGUGGGCUCACCUCAGACAUGGGAUUAGAAGGCAUUGGGAGUUUUGAUAGGUGUCAGAUUUUGGCUCCAUUCUUCAUUGGCUUAACCUAAAAAUAAAGGGUGCUUUUCCUUUUCUAAGUACCAGUUUUUUACUAUUUUGCUUGCUUGGCCUUCAUUUUCCUUAAUUUGAGGGAAGGAACGGGCAAAGAAUGAAUGUACAUAAGCGUUCCUUUAAAAUAAGUGAAAACAACCCAAAUGUCCAUCAGCUACUGAGUGAAUAAGCAAAAUGUUUCCAUGGAAUAGUCCUUGUACUUUUCAGCCAUAAAAAGGAAUGAAGUACUGGCACACGCUGCAGCAUGGAUGAACCUUGAAAACAUUAUGCUGAGUGAAAGGACAGACAUCCAAGGCCACAUAGAGUAUGUUGCCAUUUAUAUGAAAUACCCAGAAUAGGCAAAUCCAUAGAGACAGAAAGUAGUUUGGUGGU